AGGAGCCCAAGUUUCCAUCCGAAGGAGACGGGCAAUCGCGAGGUAGCUGAUGUCAGUGGUCGACUUUCCCUCGCAGGAAAUUCCGUUGAUCCUCAUGGCGCGACAAGAGGAUGCCACCGCCCCAAAAGAAGAAGAGGAAAUCGAGUUCGUAGACAUUCUGAACGUAGUGCAAAACCUGUUCGUGUCACGGAUCCAAACGAGCGCAUACAACCGCUUCAGGUCGUAUUUAGAUCAACCACGAAGAGUUUUCGUCGCUCGAUGUUCACGAUGCAGCAAGCAUCGACUCCUACCGAACAUGAUCGAUCCUGGCGGCCUUCACUUCGCGCGAACCUGUCUGACUAUGAAGAGGCAGUGUUCGGAGCCGAACGAGCAUCCAGGGCCGGCUACGGAGCCGCAAUACCUACCCGGGAGCUUUGUGAUUGUCCUGAAUCCACUCAGCUUAGAGUUCGAGCCCGCGAUUGUCGAGUUCUCCCAUGAUGCGUCUGGCGACUACGUGAUGAUAUCGCACGAUGAAAAGGGCGUACCCGUGAGAAUCGCGUACUUUGUGACCUUCUUAACGCACCGCGACCGCGGACCCACGGGUGGCUGGUUCCCCACGGAAAGCAUGAAACCCUUGAAAUAUCCGAUUCCGACGAAAAUAACGAGCAAGACUGUUCUCGAGGCCUUCAGGGAAUGCCGUCCGUACGAGUGCUAUUCUCUGCGAGAUCGAUUGUUUCACUACUCAGUGAUGUUACCCAUGUUGAGAGUCAAGAGAGAUCCGUUGGCGGAUGACUUGAGCGAUGAUGAACUGAUUGAGGCGGAUGACUUGAGUGAUGAUGAUCUGAUUGCGACAGAGGGAGUGGAAUCCUGAUUCCUAAAUCGAUUAUAGAAUGUAUUUUUCUAGAUGAAUGAAAAAAUGACCUCUUGAACU